AUGAGGGUUAUAAACAUGCUUUGGAGAUGGUUAACAAACACAAAAGCUAUAGAAAAAUCUAGCGGAGAAUUAGAAACUGCUUUCUUUGAGUCGGUCUACAGAGUGACUUAUCUUGUAGGUUUUUCAACAUCAGAUAAUGGCUUGUUGUACCUGAUAUACAGUACUGUAGUUAAAAUAUCGUUAUGUUUGGUGCUGUUAUCGGAAUUUUGGUACAUGUGUACACUGGCAAAUACUUUGGAUGAACUAGCAGGAUCCAUCAACAUAGUAGUUAUACAUUGUAUUACCUGCUUCAGAUACGCAAAUAUGAUAAUCCAUAAAGACGUCUAUAAGAAACUUGCACAGGCCAUGGAGUCACCGUACUUUGAUAUUUCCACAUCUAAAAGGAAAAAGAUAACAGAGUAUUGGGCGCAGCAGAACGAAAAAUAUCUAAAGACACUCUUGCUUAUUGGAAACAGUACACUUGCAGCUUGGUUCAUAAAUCCCUUAAUAGACGGGGUAGAUCGUAAUAUAAUUGGAGGUAUUUACCUUCCCUUUUCAUAUGAUACUCCCUGUCGAUACGCCGUUUCUUACCUUAUGGUGAUAGUAUCAUUCGCCUACAUAUCAUAUAGCGUCAUGCUGAGCGAUCUCACCAUGCAAGCUCACCUUAUCCACUUGGUCUGCCAGUUCAAUGUGCUUGUAGACUGUUUUAAAAACAUUAUAAAUGAUUGUCAAGGACCCGACGAUCUUGAAAAUAACAAUAUGCUUGUAAUUAACAAUAAAUUCAAGGAAAGGUAUGUGAAGAGAUUGGGUGAUUUGAUAGAGCAGCAUAGGAGUAUAUUAAGUCUAGCUAUGAAGCUGCGAUAUAUACUGAGCGCACCUUUGUUAGGACAGCUGGUCGCAAGUGGUAUACUUAUUUGUUUUGUCGGUUACCAAGCUACUACGACAGCCGCAGCCAGUUUAACUCAAGGUCUCACUAGUAUCUUGUACUUGGGAUAUAAUCUCUUCGCAUUCUACAUAAUUUGCCGUUGGUGUCAAGAAAUAACUACACAGAGUCAGAAUGUUGGUGAGGCAGUAUAUUGUUCUGGUUGGGAGCAAGGCACUUCUAUAAUACCCAAAGUCCGUUCAAGUUUGCUCUUAAUCAUCGGCCGCGCGAAUAAACCUCUUAUAUUUUCUGCUGGUGGAAUGUACAAUCUUUCCCUCCAGUCUUAUACUUCGUUGGUAAAGACGUCGUAUAGCGCAUUGACAGUUCUGCUUAGAGUUCGCCAAAACUAACAAUUGUAGCUAAAUAAUUAAAUUAGUUACAUUAAUACGUUGUAAACAUCAAGUCACACGUUCUGUCUAUAUGUAGAGCUGU